CACGGCAUCACGCAGAACGAACCACCACUGGCAUUGAGCUAAACGCGACAACAUGGAUAGCGCGGCGGUGUCAGUGGAAAUGCAGCUCUUCAUGGCCAAGGUGGAGAAGAUAAUGGCGCGCCAAGUGGUAACCAUGCGCCAGGCUGUGCGUGAAGAAGUUGACGCAAUCAACAAGCACCGCAAGGGCAUGGACGACCACCUCCAGCGGUUGCUCGCGUUGACCCAGCCUGAGGACCCACAGUCACCCACCGUUGCCCUCGCAUCGGCGGCGCCGCCAGCAACGGGAAAGCGCCGGGGCCGUCCCCGCAAGGUCGCUACGGCAGCUUCGCGAUCCCCGACGGAUGCCACGGCACCGCGAACAUCCAGCAGUCUCGAAAGCAAGGACGUCGCACCCGCUCAACCCGCCAAACGCCGGUGCGUGACGAAGAACGCCACCUCCACCCCCAAUGACCACCAACCCAUCGACCACUUGCACGUGAUGUCGUCCUCCUCGACCCCGUCCACUGGUACUUCCGCAGCGACGAAAUCUGAGUAUUCGUUGCAGUCCACAGGCGGCGCCACCGUUGACCGACCCACUGACUCCGACACGGUGCCGCCACCUCCCCAGCAGCCUCCUCCAUGCACGUCG